AUGUUGUUGAAUUUUGUUGUGACUAAAUGUUACGUGAAAAGAUGUGGUUCUUACUUAGAUUAUUGCCUCAAUACAGGCCAUUACCUGUACAUAGAGACAUCUUUCCCCCGUCAACCUGGAGACAAAGCUCGCGUCAGCUUCAAAGUGUUUAGGGUGAACUGUCUUCAGUUUUGGUACCACAUGUGGGGUGCAGAUAUAGGACAGCUCAAAGUUUAUUACACCAAUUUUCAAUCUUCGUCAUUUGUUUCGCAUUUGGCGUGGCAUUUACAGGGAAAUCAAGGAGACGUGUGGAAACUUGCACAAGUGCCUUUUGACCCGGACUUGGUAGAGGUAAAAUUAAAGUUUCUUUAUUCGCUGCUCUUUGGAAAGUAAUGUGCGACUUGACAAGUUGAUAUCAGGGCACUGAACAUCGUUGAGAACGAGUCUUUCCAAAUGUUGUCCGAUUCGGAUGUGCUUGGGCAGAGUCUUGCAAUCUUGGAAGCCAUAACCUAAUUUUAAGCAUGAUUUGCUUAGAUCAGGCAGCGCUUAGUACCUAACUUAAGAUAUGAUAUUAAGUUAUUGUUAUGCAGAAUGUUUUUAUUAAGUAGUGGCCUGUAUUAAAUGAUCUCUCCAUUCACAAAGAAGAGCAACUAAUACUGGUUUGACUGGUUUUGUCCAUAGAUCGUCAUCAUAGAAGGUAUCAGAGGACUUGGUUACCAUGGAGAUAUUGCUAUUGAUGACGUCCAAUUUUUAGCUCAGGAUUCCUGUCCUCCCACUGUUGAAGGUAAACUGAUAAAUUGCAUUCGAUUAUCACGGCAAUCCGUCUUGCCAAGAUAAAGAGAAGCCAAUGGCUGGGAAAUCCGAGAAAUUUCUCGGUCAGAAUAAUAAAGAUGGUAAAUCUUUUGGGUACACGCUUUGGACAUUAUUGAUCCUUACGGUAUGCAGGAUAUUUGUCGCAAAUGAACGUUAGAGUAGCUGUGCUCACUGUAGAGUCUUUGUGGCUCAGUGGUACAGUAUGAGAGCUUUGAGGUUCGAUUCCUCAUGGGGACCCAGAAUCUUAUCUACGUUUCAUGCUCGUGAUAAGAAAACUUCUUGGUUAUCUGUUGUAAUUGUCGUUAUUUUUUUUGGAUCUGACAAUGCGCGAUGUUCAGUACCCUUCCUGUUACUUUGAACUUUGUGAUAAAUAGAGACUUCACAGCAGUUUAUUUAAAUGAAAUUUAAAUAGCGAGUCGCUUCUACUAUCUAUGGUAAUAUUUAUAUAAUUUUCCGCCUCAGAUUCAGGUGUAGAAGGCGGUAGCUUAGUCGUCGUGGCAAGUCGUUUCUCCCGGUGUAACGAGUCGCUACGCUCCUCCUUCCUGUAAAUUUGUUUAACACUGAUGUCCCGUGACCAUGAAUUUCGCAUGUAAAAGUGAAACCAACUUCUUUAUUUUCAUUCGUUUCCUUCUGUAGGAAUUCCUUUAAAGAAAGUUGCUCACUGGUUUUUUGACGGUCGUGACGAAAAUGUCAGGUUAGUCCUCAAGCAUUACCAGUUUAACAACUUAAGCUGUAAGGAAUUACGUAUUUAUAUUUUCCCAAUUUAUAGGUCGCGCUGACUUGAAUUUCUUUUUACUACACACUUAUUCGGAUCAUGUCUUUCUUUCUAGAGCUUUUUUUUUAUAUUGAUGUAAUUUUUCAAUUUGCUUACAAUUUCUGACUCUUGCUGUAACGAGGAAGGUAAGCCAAACUGCCAAAGGAAAAAAUUCCUUUUCCUAGUUUUCACUAGGAAAUUCCUCAAAUAUCUCAAAACUUAAAUCAUCACGAAAAUAUUUCUAAAACAAUAUAUUAAUACCUUUAUCGAAAUGUAGGGAAACCUCCGUAAAAGUUAUUGAGUUCUCAGGGUUAAGAAAACACUGCAAUUGAUACGGGAAAAUUUUAUAAAUGAAACAAACUUUGCUUCAUAACAUUUCCUUGUAGUAAUGCAAGUUACUUCAGCGAUGCUAGCGGAACCUUUCUUUUUAUGAAUGGAAGCUUCAAACCAACUGUACCUGCCGUAAAUCUUGGAGGUUCAAGCUUUUCCCUGGCGAUGUGGAUAAAACCGGUUCUCGGCAGCUCACAGUACGUCCUGAGCGCGGAAGACCAGUUUCACCUCCAUUUAAACCAAAAAGGAGGAUUUAGAGCAAAACUUGUUCUUGAUGAUGGGAGCGAAACAAGGCCAUUUGGAUUUAGGUGUGUUUGUAUUUGUUGUCAUAUAGAUGAUUCAGUCAGAAAAUGGCUUCCCAAUCAUCCUUUGGUCGCGUAGACGGCUUAUGUAUUAGUUUCAGAGGGAUGAAAGUUAGGGAGCUCAUUAGGUUACCCCCCCAGGAAAAUAAGUCCUCAGGGGCUACACGAGAUUAAUCGAGUGAUAGUUAUUGUUAGGAAAACCUAUCGGGAUGUUCAGAGUAAACUGUGGUUAAUUGGGUUUUCCUUUUUUCUUUACGCCUUUUAGACAAGCGCGAGGUUAACGCGAGUUACGACCUAUGUGCAAGGUGCUAGGGACGAUAUACACGAGAGGGGAGGAGUGCAAGAAAAUGCAGUUCCUCCACUAGCGCCCAUUUCGACCCUCCAUGCUCUCGCCUCGUGCUUGCCUUGCUUGCCUCGUGCUUGCCUCGUGCUUGCCUCGUACUUGCCUCGUGUUUGCCUUAGCUUCCCUGUAAAAAACUUAAAAUAAUAAAAGUAUAAAUGCCCGCUUUAGGCUGAUGCAACAAUACAGGACAAUACAGGACACCUUGAUAAGAGAAUGUUAAACCUCUGCUAAUGUAUCUUCAUAGCUCUGUUCCCGAUAACGCAUGGACUCACUUGGCGAUCACAUGGGACCAACCUACAGGACACAUGACCAUGUUUAUAAACGGUGUUGAAAAAGACAAAACAUCACUUCAAGCGAACCUUUCUCAGCUGACACCAUUAGAUUGUUCAGUAGGUUGGAGAAGCUACCGUGAUAACAUGGUGUUUAAAGGUCUCAUGAGAGAUUUACAAAUCUUUGACAAAAGCUUGAAUUUAGGCGAGCUUCAAGCUAUAAAAGGUAAAAUGUAUAUUAACUUGAAAAGGAGUGCUUGUUUACCUUGCAUGUGGUGCUUAUCCAGAGCAUUGUUAUGCAAAAGUAAUCCGGGAUUGCUUUUGUUUCCCUUAACUCGCUCUGUGAUUGGUCCAGAAAACUCUCGGGUAGACGGAAGGGAGGAAAACCAGAAGCCCGAAGAAAUACCCCCCCCCCCAGGCAAAAACGAUAACCAAUCACAAACGCAAUGCAUAUGUGAACCUCGGUUCGGGAAUCGGAACCAGGUCAAAGCGGUGGCGGGUGGAGUGGGGAGUAGGGGGCAGUUCUUUCACCAGUGCACAAUACGUACUGCCCUGAAUGUACUUUUUAAGAUGAUAACACAAAGCUUUGUCAUGACCUGGGUUGUUCUUCAAUUUCCUCAUCUGGAAGGUGUCGUAAAUGCUUGUAUCUGUUUCCAGGCUCUUCUUGUAAUCAAAUUUGUAUAAGCCCGGGUGUUUGUCAUGAACGGACUGGAAAAUGCUUUUGCGGGAACUUAACACAUGUGGAUGCCUAUUGCAGAAAUGGUGAGUAACUAACUUCAGAGAUCCAUCACAGAAUAGCAAAAAAGGAAAUGUUCAGAAAUAGAUAAUAUUGCAGAAAGCAGGCAACUUUGCCUCACUUCGCUAAUCGGUGAAAUGUCCAGGGAAGUUAUAUUUGGAAACAAUGAAAUACGCGUCCAGCAUUUCAACUCCUUAACUAUCAUAAGAGAUCAACAGCAAACAGGUUAUGAGAAUAGUCUACCUUAUCAACUAGAAGUUGUUAUUUUGAUCAAACACUAAGGUUUGGUGUCUAGUUUACAAGGAAACGUGUAGCAGCUGCCAGAGAGGAAAAUUAACAAUCAGUUAAAGGUUUAAUGUUCAGUUAAGGAGUUCAAGGUUCGAAUUAAACCCUCAAAGGAUUCCAAUCUGUGGGUGGCUCAUGCAAGCCGGCAUCAUAUGACCUGAAAGUUGCCUGUCUGAGAAAGAUUUCUAAGGCCUCAGAGAAUCGGCACCUCGGUUCCCCCUUUUUUGCUUUGUAUGCAUAGGGAAGAGGGGGGGGGGUGCAAAAUCCUCGUCCUACUAAAAUCAGAACCCUAUCCCACUCGAGGGAUGAAACUCGUGGAAGAGUCCCCGACACCCGAGCUAUAAAGCGGUUCAAAUUUUUUAGAAUCCCAAUUCCAGAUUUUUCACACUAUAACAUUUCCAAACGUAAUCUAUAAUAUUUUCUUACUCAAGCUCUUAACAGCACAAUAUACAGUAACGCAAGCGCGUAUUUCCCAAUGGACACUUCAUCGACCAUUUUGAAUUUCAAGGCAUAUCAAGAAAUUAACAAUUUUAGCUACGAUCUGAGCACAAUUGGCCCUGUAAACGGCGCCGUGAUGUUUAACCAUACCCAACUGCAUGUAAAUCAAUUGGAAAUUCCUUGCUUGGCGGAUGUUCAUCUUUGUACACAAGGCUUCACUUUAGCAUUCUGGAUUAACGUUUUGGAAGUUAGUGGUGGACUUCCAAUGGUAUUACGCCAGCGAGGAAGCAAUCAGGAAGAGAGCGAAGUACGGGUUAAAGUUCUAACGCAAGGAACUGAGCAAUUCUUUGGAAUUAUGGUAGCAGCCAAUGAAAGAAAAUGUAACAUUCAGUUUCGUUUUACCAUGUCUACGUGGAUGCACGUGGCGUUCACGUGGUUGAACGGAUUCACGCUGCCGCAUCUUUUUUUAAAUGGUGUAAGAAAACAAAGAAAUGAACUUGAAAAGUACCACUGUAAAGAUUAUUUCCCUCUUCUUAAAACUCCUUCUGUUCCAACUUCACCUUCAACUUCUACACUUACUUCUGCCCCUCAAGAUGUUUCCUUGGGAAGUUCAGGGAUAGUUAUGCUCCUGGAUGACAUGGCAUUGUGGGAAAGAGAACUAAAUUUCGAGGAGGUUCAGGGUAUUUACGACAAACUCGUGAGAGGUAAGCUCUAAAUGAUCGGGGUAAUUUGAUAUUAUCAACUGAGUUGAUAAUGUAAAUUAGCCACCGUGAAGAGUUUCAAAGCUGACGUUUCGAGCGUUAGCCCUUCGUCAGCCUUUAUCUUUCAAUCGGCACUCUUAAUCCCCACGGUACGACGAGCGCUUUUCAUUUAACCAAUUUAUUCUUAGAGAAAGAUGUUUUUCGUCUAGUCACGAGCGUGGGACAAAGAAAAAAUUCUGAGUUCCCAUGAAGAAUCAAACCUCAGACCUUCAGAUUCCGCGCUCAGAUGCUCUACCACUGAGCCACAGCGACUCCACGGUGAGCAAAGUCUAUCACGAAGUUCAUUUGACAUGUGUCCUGCGUACUGCUAG